AUGACUUCUCGUUCCGUCAAUGCUCUAACAAAUAAUUCUGCUGGUUCUGCAACAUCAAAAGGCAAAUCAUCCUUAAGAAACAUCAUACCAAAAUGGAGCUUCAUGUAUAGGACACCAGCUGAUAUUGAAAAUGCGAAUGUACCAACUCUGGAAGUUUCCGCUUCAGGCCCUCGAGAAAAGCCUAUGAUCUCAAGAUCAUUGUCACUUUGUAAAAUAUUUACUCCUAGGAUGAAAAGAACUUCAUCAUUGCCAUUAGAAGAAAUUGGACAUUCAAUCCCAGAAUCUACUCAUGGUGGAAAUGGAAGUGUUGAUUGUGAUUCUCUGAGUAAAAAAGAGUUUUGA